AUGGGUGGAACUGGGACCUCCUCCCAUUUCCAGCUCCCACCAUCACCAAACUGCGACCUCCUGACUAUCUCCAGCUCCCACCAUCACCAGUGUGGGCCUGGUCCUGGUGGGCCCAAGCCGACGCGGGGCCGGAUGCGGAUCCACUCCCUGGAGAACGUGGACAAGGCCCUGCAGUUCCUCAAGGAGCAGCGCGUCCACCUGGAGAACGUCGGCUCCCACGACAUCGUGGACGGCAACCACCGCCUGACCCUCGGCCUCAUCUGGACCAUCAUCCUGCGCUUCCAGAUCCAGGUGAUCAAGAUCAAGACCGAGGACAACCGGGAGACGCGCUCGGCCAAGGACGCGCUGCUGCUCUGGUGCCAGAUGAAGACGGCGGGCUACCCUGAGGUCAACAUCCAGAACUUCACCACCAGCUGGAGGGACGGGCUGGCCUUCAACGCCCUCAUCCACCGGCACCGGCCGGAUCUCGUCGACUUCCAGAAGCUGACCAAGUCCAACGCCACCUACAACCUCCAGCAGGCCUUCAACACGGCCGAGCAGCACCUGGGGCUCAGCAAGCUGCUGGACCCCGAGGGUCCCAGCUGGACCCAAACUGGUGGCAGCGGGACCUGGAAGGUGGCAGUGGUGACAGGGACCUCCUCACCGGUGCCACCCGCCAGGUUCCAGGAGAAGGGGAACCUCGAGGUGCUGCUCUUCACCAUCCAGAGCAAACUCCGGGCCACCAACCGCAAGCUCUACGUGCCCAGCGAGGGCAAGAGCAUCUCCGACAUCAACAAGGCCUGGAGCUGCCUGGAGAAGGUGGAGCACGAGCGGGAGGUGGCCCUGAGGAACGAGCUGAUCCGGCAGGAGAAGCUGGAGCUGCUGGCCCAGCGCUUCGACCACAAGGCCACCAUGAGGGAGACGUGGCUCAACGAGAACCAGCGCCUGGUCUCACAGGACAACUUCGGCUAUGACCUGCCGGCGGUGGAGGCGGCCAUGAAGAAGCACGAGGCCAUCGAGGCCGACAUCUCCUCGUACCAGGAGCGCAUCCAGGUGGUGGUGGAGCUGGCCCUGGAGAUGGAGUCCGAGGGCUACCACGACGCGCGGCGCAUCGGCGCCCGGAAGGACAACGUCCUGCGCCAGUGGGCGCUGCUGACCGAGCUGCUCGGCGCCCGCCGCGCCCGCCUCGAGCAGAACCUGGCCCUCCAGAAGAUCUUCCAGGAGAUGGUCUACAUGAUCGACUGGAUGGAGGAGAUGCAGGUUCUUCUGGUCUCCAAGGAUUUGGGGAAGCAUCUGCUGGAGGUUGAGGACCUCCUGCAGAAGCACGGGCUGCUGGAGGCCGACAUCUCGGCCCAGACCGAGCGCGUCCAGGCCCUCAACGCCGCCGCGCUGAAGUUCUCCGAGCUGGAGGGCUACCAACCCUGCGACCCCCAGAUCAUCUGCAACCGCGUCCACCACGUCCAGACGUGCCUGGAGGAGCUGGAGGAGCUGGCGGCCAAGAGGAGGAAGGAGCUGGAGGAGUCCCGCCAGCUCUGGACCUUCUUCCAGGAGAUGGAGGAGGCCGAGGCCUGGAUCCGCGAGAAGGAGAAGAUCCUGGCCGCCAAGACCUGCGGCCGCGACCUCAGCAGCGUGGUGACCUUGACCAACAAGCACAAGACCAUGCUGGGCGAGCUGGGCAACCGCCGGGCGCUGCUGCACCAGAGCAUGAAGAAAGGCGAGAAGAUCCUGGCCAAGAAGUCCUUCAGCUCCGCGGGCGUCCGGGAGAAGAUGCGAGAAGUCUGCCUGCGGUGGAAGAAGCUGGAGGAGGUGACGGGGCUCCACCAGCAACGCUUGGAGGACGCCCUGAACUUCUUCCAGUUCAGCGCCGAGACGGACGACCUGGUGGCCUGGCUGCAGGACACGUACCGCGUGGUCUCCAGCGACGACUUCGGCCACGACGAGCACUCCAGCCAGGCCCUCCUGCGGCAGCACCGCGCCGUGGUGGAGCAGGUGGAGAAGAACCGCGCCGCCGUGCUGGCCCUGCGCCGGCAGCUGUCUCUCCUGGGCCCGGGCCACCGGCAGGGCGUGGACAUCCAGAUCCGCGUGGUGGAGGUGGAGCAGCUCUACGGCGAGGUGGCCGAGGUGGCCGUGCUGAGGACGCAGUGGCUGCGCGACGCCUUGGCCGUCUACCGCAUGUUCGGCGAGCUCCACGCCUGCGAGGUGUGGGUGGACGAGAAGGAGCAGUGGUUGGAGAAGGUGGUGGUGCCCGAGGAGCUGGAUGAGGUCGAGGUGGUCCAGCACAGGUUCGAGAGCCUGGACCAGGAGAUGAACAGCGUCAUGGGGCGCAUCCUGGACGUCAACCAGGUGGUGCAGCAGCUGCUGGAUGGUGGCCACCCCAGCUCGGACGAGGUCCGGUCCUGCCAGGACCACCUCAACAGCCGCUGGAACCGGGUGGUGGAGCUGGUGGAGGACAAGAAGAGCCAGCUGAGCUCCGUGCUGAAGAUCCAGAACUUCCUCCUGGAGUGCAGCGAGAUGAAGGCGCAGGUGCGCGAGAAGAGGAAAGCCAUCGAGGCCACCCGGUCGGGCGGCGGCGACCUGGGCGGGGUCCUGGCCCUGCAGCGCCGCUUGUCCACCAUGGAGGCCGCCCUGGUGGCCCUGGAACCACGGCUGGUGGAGCUCCAGCAGGAGGGCGAGGCCUUGGCCGCCGCCCACCCCGGCCGCGCCCUGGAGAUCCUGCUGCCCUUCGAGGAGAUCGGCCAGGAGUGGGACGACCUCAAGAGGACCUUCCAAGGCUGCGAGGACACCUUGACGGUCGCCGGCCGUCUCCAGCAGUUCAUCCAGGACCUGGACAACUUCUUGGGGUGGUUGGUGAAGACCCAAGCGGCCGUGGGCUCCGAGGAGGUCCCCGAGAGCUUGGCCGAGGCCGAGAGGCUGCUGAACGUCCACGUGGCCCUCAAGGAGGAGAUCAACGGCUACGAGGAGGACUACGCCAAGCUCCAGGCGGCCAGCGAGCUGCUGGCCCUGGAGGAGAUGGAGGUGGCCCACGUGUCCCUCCAGCGGUGGCUGCAGAAGUUGGACGCGGGCUGGGGGAAGCUCCUGCAGAGCUGGGAGAGCAGGAGGGAGCUCCUGGUGCAGUCCCACGUCUUCCACCUCUUCCUGCGGGACGCGCAGCAGUGCCAGAAGUGCCUCUACAGCCAGGAGGCCACCCUGGCCCACGCCGAGCUGCCGGAGACGGUGGAAGAGGUGACCAAGGCGCUGAAGAAGCACAAGGACUUCACCACCACGCUGGAGCUGAACCUGCAGAAGGUCCAGCUGGUCCUGCAGGCCGGCGAGAGCCUCCAACGCCAGGGCAACCUCCACAGCGACCGUGUGGCUGAGGCCAUGGAGGAGCUCCGGGCCAAGUAGGUU